CAACAAUCCACCACCCGCGAUCACAACCACCGCCAACCACCACCUACGAUCCCAACGCUUCCCCUAACUUUACGAAGACCAAGAAAGAUACCCAAGCGAAAAUCGCCAAUUAAUCCGUCAGGCACUUGCGACUGACCCUUCGUAUCCCCUCGUCCAGUCCACUCCUGCUUCCAUCCCAAAGACCACACGCUUGAGACCGCCAAAAUGACGGACCUGACGCACUUCGACCUCCUCCCCCUCCAGAUCGACCCCCAGUCCAAGGCCGUCUCCUCUCCCUCGCCCUCGCGCGCCCUCGCCGCCGAGCUCGCCCAGCUCAACGCCCUCCACCGCUCCCUCGUCACCUCCGAGACCACCGGCCCGCACGGCGUCCCGCCCCCGCCCAUGCCCGUCAACCCCAAACGCUCCGCCAACGUCUCCAAGCUGCGUGACUCGGGCAACGCCGAGUUCCACAAGAAGAAGUACGCCGACGCCAUCAAGUUCUACACACUCGGCCUGCAGAUGGCCCUCACCCGCCCCCUCUGGGAGCCCUCACAGCUCGUCCGCGAGGAGGUCUCGGGCCUGUACGCCAACCGCGCCCAGGCACACAUGGCCCUGCAGCAGUGGGCCGAGGGCUCUGUUGACGCCGAGGCCAGUGUCGAGGCCCGCAAGGUCGGCAACGCGAAGGCCUGGUGGCGCCGCGGCCGCUGCCUCGUCGAGAUGGGCCGUCUCGACGAGGCGAGGGAAUGGGUCGGCAAGGCCCUUGAGUAUGAGGGCGAGGAGGCCGAACUCGUCGCUCAGUACAAAGAAAUCGAGGCCCGUCUCGAGAAGAAGGAAAACAGUGCUUGAGGACAGUCCGAGUUUUUCUUUGGACAAGGAACCACCACGGCCGGUAGGCUCGACUAGGGAGUGGGAAGCCCAACGCAGUGCUUUGCCUUUCCUUGCCUUGCCAACAAAGUACCC